UCCAGCCAAGGCGGACGUGGGACGUGAUCGUGAGUGUAGAGGCUCUGGCCAGCAUAAAGUUCAGAUAAUAGGCGCCUUGCGAAUCGAAAUCCGAGACGGCGGAAGAUCGAGAGAGAGAAAUUCAAGCGAAUUUCAUUUGCAUUUCCAUCAUUAACAUGUAUAACUGAGCUCCAGCUAUAAAAGUGAUCAAAACGUGCAUUUACGUGGUGUGCCACAGCCCUAAUCAGGCAUAAUCCAGCCGCGCAUGCGCAGAGAAUCCAUAAUACCCGUAAUCCAAACCCAAAUCGCAAACUUCCUCGCACGCGUUUAAUUGCCAAGGGCGACAGAUCCAUCAUCAUGACUGCCCCACCGGGACUUCUCCACAUGGAUAAUCCUCUGACAGCCUUCCUUCAGUUCUUCCUCGACCUGAUAGUGUUUGGCAUUAAAUCUAUAUUUUACAUAAUGGAAUCGGUCUACUAUACCCUGUUGCCGCAACGUUUUAGAAAGUUAAAGAACAUCUCCGGUCAGGUAGUGCUCAUCACAGGCGGCGGAGGUGGCGUUGGUCGCUUGAUAGCCCUAAACUUUGCACGCCUACAAGCCCGCAUUGUCAUCUGGGAUAUCAAUCAAGAAGCCAUCAAGACAACCGUGGAUUUGUUAGCCAAGCAUGGUUAUGACAACUGCAAGGGCUAUGUGGUGGACAUCUCAGAUCGGGAGCAGGUCUACCAGCGAGCCAGCCAGGUGACAGCGGAUGUGGGCCCCGUGGACAUAUUGAUCAACAAUGCAGGCAUCGUUUGCUGUAAACCCUUCUGGGAACUGCACGAUCGUGUGAUCCAGAAUACAUACAACAUCAACAUCAUCUCGCAUUACUGGACGGUGAAGGCCUUCCUGCCCCACAUGAUGCGGAAUAAUCGCGGUCACAUAGUCACCGUGGGCUCGGUCACGGGAAUGCUGGGCACUUAUGGUUGCAGCGAUUAUGCAGCCACCAAAUAUGCUUGCAUUGGUUUUCAUGAAAGCCUUUUAACGGAUUUGAAGGCUCAUGGCUAUGAUCAAAUCCAGAUGAGUCUGAUCUGUCCGUAUUACAUCAACACGGGCAUGUUUUCAGGGGUUCGUCCGCGCAUGAUGCCCAUGCUGGAGCCUCAGUAUGUGGCGGAUCGUAUUGAGAAUGCUGUCCGCUGCAAUGAGGUGUGGUGCGUUCUGCCCAACUCCAUACGCCUGCUGACGCCUCUCAAAUGUCUUUUGCCCGCCAAAAUGUGCUGGGAACUAAUGUCGCGGGUUAUCCGAGGUCCUGAGUCCAUGAUGUUGUUCCAGGGACGUGGUCGCGUUGCUGCUGGUUAGAUCUGCAAAAGUAGUAAAAACAUUUGACAUUAUUUAUAGUUAAUAAGUUGUUUUCAAGAGGCGUUUAUAUAUAAAGUUAUAAUCAAUUUAAAGGAAUAAGAAAAGUCUUCUCAAACUCA